AUGGAUCGCCGGAAGUCGAUGAAGGGGUCCACGGAGUACGUUGGAACGGCAAUAGUAUCAGAUGCCGGUGUUUUUUCCAGUGAGAAAGAUGAGGUUGAUGCGACUGAUGAUGACGCUGAUAUUGAGUCCACAAUCGAGUUGGAGAGGCCAGGGGAAGAGAAGAAGAAGCGUUGGGAGGCGAAGGCGGUGGCUAAAUCUGCUGUGUUGGUGGUUUCAGUUUCGAAUUCAGAGUCAGAUAAAGAAUGGUGGUCCGACGUGGUGGAAGAUGCGGCAGCGGCGGCUGAGCAGUCGAUUGUGAAAUCAUAG